UAAAUCAUCAAGAAGAAGCCUCGGUUGCGUCAACUUGUGAGGUAGUUGACGUAUCAGUUCAUCCUCACAACGCUGGAGCUGAAGACGGCCGUGGAUCAGCCCAGCGUCUAACGGCACAACGGCCAACCCCGAGCAGAUCCCCUUCACCUCCUGCCUCCGGUGUUUUACCGGCAAGUCAGCCAGCAACCACCAAGGCAGGAAUUCCGAGGCAGCGCAUGACUUGGACCAGAGAAAUGAACAUCGAUGUCAUGCGUUGCUUCUAUAGAGCAACACGACAAGACACCAACGCAUCAGGGUACAGAUUCCACCUACGCCAAUUGUUCCUGGCAGCGUACCCUGAUCUAACUAAUGUCACUGAACAGAGGCUAGUGGAUCAGAAACGGAUAAUCAUCAACAACAAGAAAUUAAUUGUGCAGGAGAUCGAGGAAAUAAAGAGAGAAGUUGCUCAUGAGUUACAUAUUGCAUCUACUCCUACAGAGGCGGACAUUAUCUUCACGCCAUCAUCAGUCGAUGGAUUCUCUCGUCAUGCUAGGGAUGGGGUGGUGUCCCCUACAGCGUAUCCAAUUCAUAGGUUUGUCGAUUCAGCGGAUAGUGUACCAAGUUUUGAAGACACGAUGGAACUGGAAACUCGUGAGAAGAUUAGAUUCUUCAGAGACAAAUGGAGAGGGAGUAAUCCAAAUCUAAGGCCAGCAAUUCCAAAACUUUUGAUGAAUAGGAUGUGCAAAGACCGCAUUAAGAUCAUUAAUGAACUCAUCUCAGAGGAGGCGGAUCUCGAAGAAAUCCACUUAGUCGUCUACGCUUGUGCCUGCACUGUCACAGUUUUAAAUGGCCAGAAGUUAAGGUCGCAGGAUGAGCAAUGUCCAAAAAGAAGGAGAAAACCUGCCUGGCAACUGAGACUCGAGAAAAAGAUCGAGAGAUUGCGGAAGGAAAUUGGUCGAAUCACUCAGUAUUUAAGAGGUGUCAGAACUAAGAAAUUGGAGAAAGAGAUUAGUCUUAUUAUCAGGGACAAAAGUAAGACCGUCGCGGAAACCCAAGAGAUUUCGAAGAUGAAACUCGCUGUUUACGCAGCUCGCCUUCGAAGGUAUAACGAGCCCAAUGAUAGGAAAAACCAGAAUGCCCUCGUCAAUAGAAAUGAAAAGGCCUUCUACAGGAAUCUGACCUCGAAGGAGAUACCAGUUACACCGCCUAAGAAAGAAGAAGUGACCGCUUUCUGGAAAAAUCUCUGGUCUAAUCCUGUGCAGCAUCGGGAGGGUGGUGAAUGGAUUGAAAAAGAAAUUGCACGACAGGAAGCCGUGCCAGAGCAGACAAACCAUGUUAUCACUGUAAAUGAGCUUGCGGAGACCAUCAGGGGCACCCAUCACUGGAAAUGUCCAGGUGACGACAAUGUACAAAAUUUUUGGUAUAAGAACUUCCCUGUAUUGCAUGCACACCUAACACAGCAAGCCAACAGAAUCGUUCAGCAUCCCGAAUUGGCACCCGAGUUUUUAACAGAAGGAAGGACGUUCAUUAAACCAAAAGAUGAAGACACCAAGAACCCUGCGAACUAUCGUCCCAUCACUUGUCUGCCCACCAUCUAUAAGAUAAUCACAGCUACCCUCUGUAGGAAAAUUGAUCGGCACUUGAUAUCGAAUGAUGUUCUAACGGAGGAGCAGAAGGGGUGCCGAAAACAGAGCAAAGGUUGCAAGGAGCAGUUAAUAAUUGAUAGUGUUAUUCUGAAGCAAACGGAAAAGAACGGCAGAAAUUUGAACACCACAUUCAUCGACUAUCGUAAGGCGUUUGACAUGGUGCCUCAUUCUUGGUUAUUAAGAGUCCUCGAAAUCUACAAGAUACACCCUGUGUUGAGACACUUCCUGGCAUCCGUAAUGAAAAAUUGGAAAACGAAAAUCUCCCUCAAAACGGAGGACGGCCAAUUGGAAACUGAAUUUAUUUACAUUAAACGUGGAAUUUUCCAGGGCGAUGCGCUCAGUGCAUUGUGGUUUUGUUUAUCCCUGAAUCCCCUGUCGAUUGCUUUGAAAGACACUGAACUUGGGUUUCUUAUUAAAGAGCGCAGACAAACUCUGUAUAUUCUCAGUCAUCUGAUGUUCAUAGAUGAUAUUAAAAUCUACUCCUCAUCGCCGGGUGAGCUUAAGAUCUUGCUGGGUGUUGUGGAGUCCGUAUCCGCUGAUAUUUGUAUGGAGUUCGGGUUGGAGAAGUGCAGAGUUCUGAAUAUUUAUCGUGGAAAGGUGGUGGAAGAGGAGGAAGAUCAGACUCUCUAUGGUACAAUUGUCGAACAAAUGGAUGAAAAUGAUUCCUACAAAUACCUAGGAUUCCAACAGAAUCGCAGACUAAACCAUAGUGACAUUAAGCAUAUGGUUCAACAGCAUUAUGAGCAGCGUCUCAGGAUCUUGUUACGCUCUAGACUGAACUCAAGAAAUCUGUUUAAGGCUAUUAAUACUUUUGCUGUGCCAGUCUUGACAUACUCUUUCGGAAUUAUCAAAUGGACCACCACUGAUCUGGAGAAUAUCAACAAUAAAACCAGAGUGUUGUUGACUAAGAGCCGGAAGUUACACCCCAAAUCCUGUAAAGAGAGAGUGACUCUCGGUCGGGAAGUAGGCGGAAAAGGUCUACUGGAUGUCCACGAGUUGUGCAAUCGUCAGAGCGGGCAGUUGUUUCCGGAAACGGAAGGCUUUAUACUCGCCAUCCAGGAUCAAGUCAUUUGUGCAAGAAACUAUAGGAAAUUCGUCAUUAAAGAUGGGACCGUUGAUGACUCAUGCAGGAAGUGCCAUUUAUGUCCUGAAACGAUUGAUCACAUCACAGCAGGUUGCAGACUCCUAGCUGGUACCGAAUACACCAGGAGACAUAACUCAGUAGCCAAAAUAAUCCACCAAGGGCUUUCAUUACAUCGUAACCUGUUGGACAGUGUGCCUCCGUAUUAUGAAUAUAAUCCUGAGUCAGUGCUGGAAAAUGAUGCCUUUAAAUUAUAUUGGGACUUUACCAUCUAUACCGACAAGACCAUCCCGCACAAUAGGCCAGAUAUGGUCCUUCUAGAUAAAAAUCAGGGCAUUGCUCACCUAAUGGAUAUCUCAGUCCCUGCUGAUGCCAAUGUAGAUGCUAAGUAUAGAGAUAAGAUCGAAAAGUAUCUGCCCUUAGCAACUGAAAUACAGCGACUGUGGAAGCUUAAAGAGGUAAUUAUUGUACCAUUUAUAAUAUCCGUCACGGGGAUCACUCCUCAUUCUUUCCUGAGACAUCUGAAGCAGCUCCACUUAGGUGAAAACGUUCACGCCCAAAGCCAGAAAGCUGUUAUCCUUAUCCUGCACACCUGUAAUAUCACUAGAUCUUUCCUAAGCUCAGGGCAGUGA